AUGCGGGGUCCUUUGGGUGCAGUCAUAGGGAGGUAUCCUUCAAGUGAUGGAACCACCCAUUUGGGUGGAAUCAUUAGGCACAACAGAAAAUGCAGAGACAUAGCUGUUCUUGUCAUUUUUAUAGCCUUCUGGAUUGCCAUGGUUGUCAACUCUAGCUUUGCUUUCAGCCGAGGGAAUCCAUCAAGGCUUACUUAUGGGCUGGACUACAAAGGAAAUGUAUGUGGGGAGAAGCAUGCAGUUCAAGAUCUUCGAGAAUUGGAGCUCAGAUAUUGGCUAAAUCCUAAUCAGGUUUAUCAAAGUGGAUUGAAGGAUAGCCAAUUCAAACUUGCCAAUGCCCGCAGCAUAUGCUUGCUGGACUGCCCUAUACCUUCUGAAGAUUCACUUACUUGGGUGUGUGAUUAUCCUGAAGGAGAUAUUCGAGUUUCAUUGAAUGAUUGGAUUGACAUGAACUAUGAUUAUUUUGAGUUCCUUACGCCAGAAAUGAGAAACUCUUCACUUCAACUUCAGGGCCCUUGUUAUCCUGUCAUAUUUCCCAGUGUAAAUGUUUACUGGAGUUGCCAAUUCAUUGCCAGAGCAUCAAAUGUAUCUUUAAAGCAUUGGCAGCAGAUGGGUGGAGUUAAAAUCAAUGAAGACAUUGUUAUUGAUAAGUCCAUUCAUGAAUAUAUCAAUUCUCAGUCAGCUGUCUUAAAGAGAUACAUGGCUGAUAUAGGCAAGUCGUGGCCUGUGCUGAUUGUUUGUGGAGGGAUUUUACCUCUGUUUCUGUCCGUGAUUUGGCUGCUGAUGAUUCGGCACUUUGUUGCUGCUAUGCCUUGGGUUACAGUGGUUUUGUUUGAUGUUCUAAUUAUAUCCGUUACGAUGUUUUUCUACCUUAAAGUUGGCUGGAUAGGAAAUGAUGCUAUUUCCCCCAUCAUUGGUGAGCAUGAUCCUUACAUUCAUGUGUCUGUGAGGGAGCUAACUCAUCUACGGGUUGUCACAGUCCUUAUGAGCUUUAUCAUGCUUGUUGCCAUUCUUACGUCAAUUGCUAUUGUUCGGCGCAUUCUUAUGGCAACUUCU